CGUUUGCGCAGUCGUGCACGCGGCACAUCCGAGAUUGCAUGACCGACUACGUUAGCGUUCUGCUGCUCCUGAGCCAACGCUGCACAUUCCUCAGCGACACACGACUCUGCGACGUCCUUCUGUGUCCGACCGGCGACCGCGACCGAGCAGGAGGCAGGAAGCACGCCGACAACCUCACCUCCCAACAACUCACCACAGUCUCUCGUUCUGUCCGAAACGCCAACUACCGUCACUCACUCGACCCAUCGCCAUUCUUCCUUCCCGAUCCAGCGCGCAGCAGCUCCCAGGGACGCCACUGCCGGAACACUGCAUCUGCAAGCACCGCGUCACUUGCUCUGCGAGAGUCGACCGGGAACCUUUCUUCUUCUGCUUCACCCAUAAUACCAAUGCCCCGUUAACACUCGCCAUUUCUUCGCUCCGGACCACCGUUUACUUUCGCGCGACCCGGACAUUCCUAUCGCUGGCACCGAUUUCCCACCGCAUCCUACCAACCACGCCCGAUUUCACGAUCCCGACCGCCCGACCGACCGACAACACACCACCUCCUCUGCCCGCUCUGGCGCGAUAACGCUUGCACACGUCGCAUGCGAUGCGAAACCUCCUCCAGCAAUUGCUCGCCCUCGGGCCUGAGCUUGCUGCCUACAUUCUGACCACCUCCGUACCCGUCGCGCGCGCCGCCUUCGUGCAAUCCGCCGCCUCCUCACCGAAUCUCGAUCUGUCACAGCUGGGCCGUGUCGCAGUAGGGGGAGACUUUGACAGCAUCUCGCUCUACACAUAUCAGGGACAAAAUGAAAAUACAUCAACAAACGGCAGCCAGUCGCUGCUCACGCGGUAUCCCGAUGGCGCAUUCCAGUCGCUGGCCCUCGCCGAUGCGGACACCUCAAUACGAGCCAUGUGCUCGUUUGUCGUCGAUGGAAAGCUCCAAGGCGUGGUCGUAGGAGGCAAUUUCACCAGUUUAGGAGGAGUAAGAGCGGAAUCCAUUGCGCUGUGGAAUCCCGACAGUAAUGAAGUCACGGCCUUGCCCGGUCUGUCUGGUGGACCCGUGAAUGCGCUGUACUGCGACGACGAAACCGGGACCGUGUACGUCGGAGGCCAAUUCAGGGCAGGCAACUCUUCAAAUGCCAUGGCCUGGACUACAGGAUGGGUGAAUUUGCCUUUUGCCGGGUUUAACGGACCCGUCAACACAAUCACCAAAGACAGUGGAAACAACAUUGUUUUUGGCGGCCAGUUCGCUGUUCUUGGCAACACCACCACGAGCACUGAAAGCAUCCCACAGGCUGUCAGCAUCGGCUCAGGAAACAUCACGGCCGCAGGAUCUACGAGCCGAGCGGGCUUCAGCGAUCCGAACAAUAUCAUCUGCAAAACCGGCGAAGAACAAGGCUCGGGAAACACCUGGCUCCUCAACGACAACACUGGAGGCUACUGGGAGUCCGCGCUGGGAUUCGGCGUCAGUCCCACCGCCUUGCGAAUUUACAACACCGAUUACGAGGGGCGCGGCACCAAGAGCUUCUACUUCGAGGAAAUGAACACCGCCGGCAUUCUCGAACUGGAGUACGUCGAUCCCACGACCGGUCAAAAUGCCACCUGUAUCCGAUUCUGUCCUCUGCCAGAAGGAAACACCACCGUCCAGGAAUUCCGCUUUGUGCGCCGUGUUGCUAUGACCACAUUCCGUAUCUGGAUCACCGACUUCUACGGAGCGGGUGCUGGCCUCAACGGUGUGGAACUGGUCUCGGACGAAGUAUACAGCUUCGCGGUGAACGACUACAACGCGCCUUCGUGUGUGGAUACCGCAGCCGCCUCAGUAUCGACCGCCACCCCUGCGGAAUCUUGGGGCAUCGUUCGAAAUCCUGGCUUGAUCUCAUCUGACUUCCUUUCCACUGUGAUCAACUCCGAGGCGAACGUGGGCGACAACACCAAUGUCGUGUUCCAACCAAAUCUGCAGCAAUCCGGAAACUACUCCGUCACACUGUACACACCUGGCUGUAUCCUUGACGAAUCAUGCAGCUCCAGGGGUCGCGUCGAGAUCACGGCCUCGAUGACCGCCGACUCUGAUCCCGCCACGACCAGCAGCUUCCAGACCAACAACUACGACAAGUUCGAGCAAAUCUACUACGGCUACAUCGACACCGAUGGCUUCCAGCCUACAGUGACUCUUGCACCAGCUGCCGGGCAGCGCGUGCCCCUCACCGUCGUCGCAUCGCGCGUUCGAUUCGAGCUCAUCUCUGCUGCUGGUGGAAACUCCUCUACUAGUACAUCCUCCUCUACUACGGGAGGACUGAAUGGUCUUUUUGAGUACAACCCCAAUGAAGCGACCACGAGCACGAACUUCUCGACUUCUGUCGUCAACCGAGCUGGAACCUCUCUUGACGGGCGCGCAAGCUUUGCCAGCGUCAUCCGCUACAACGACAACCUCUACGCUGCCGGCAACUUCUCCGGCGAUGGAAUCUCCAAUAUCAUGUCCAUCGGCAGCGAUGGUCCUGCGUCGCUCCCACGCGGCGGACUCAACGGCGAGGUGUUCAAUAUGAUGCUCAACGGAAGCACCCUCUUCAUUGGUGGCAUCUUCACAAACACUGCGCAAGACCAGACUGAGGGAUUGAACAACGUCGGGUCCUUCUCCAUCGACAGCAACGAGUGGGCACCUUUGGGCGCCGGUGUGAACGGCGGUGUCUUCAGCAUUGUCCCCCUCGUCAUGAAUAUGACUGCCGACGACCGUAGGGACACAUUGGCCAUCAGCGGCAACUUCACUUCUGUCAACGGUUUUGGCGACAAUGCUGCAUUUGAUGCCGCGGGCUUCGCAAUCUGGGUGCCUAGCGAGAACAACUGGCUACAGAACAUUCCCGGCACUAACAGCGCACUCAAUGGCCAGCUCACCGCUUACACCACCGUACCCGGCAUGGAUCCCGUCUACGCAGGAAAGAUCGAUUCUCAAGGUCUUGACAUCAACGACGUUGUUGAGCUCGUGGGCUCUGGCACACCAGAACUGCAGUCGCUUAAUAUUCGACUCUCGGCCAAUACUGCAGCUAGUUCAAGUGGCACGCAGAAGAGAGAUCUCACCGACGGUCAGUCUGGCAGCAACUACACGGGCGUGUAUGAUGGUGUCUUCUACAACAAGAACAAUCUCAACAUCACCAUUCUGGGAGGAAGCUUCAGCACGACCGCAAGCAACGGCAGCACGAUCGAGAAUCUUGCUUUCAUCAACAACACUGACAGUGACCGAGAAUCUGUCAGCGGCGUGUCUGGUCUCACCUCCGACUCGAUCUUCAUCGCCAUGGACACGUAUCAGACAGCGCUCUGGGCUGGUGGUGCCGUGAACGGUACUGUCAACGGCAACCCUGCUACAGGUCUCGUAGUCUACGACCUCUCUGCAAACCGAUUCGCAGCUCCUCACCCGCCAGCUCUCGGCGGAGAAAAUGUCGUCGUGCACUCCAUCGCUGCUCAACCUGAGGGAGAGGAUGUCUACGUUGGUGGCGACUAUGCGACUGCAGGCUCACUUCCUUGCGGACCAUUGUGCUUUUACGACACCAGAGCUCUGCAAUGGCAGAGCACUGGAUCCGGACUUGAGGGCGUCAUCUACACCAUGGUGUGGACCUCCAACACCAAACUCAUGAUCGCUGGAAACCUGACUGUCAAUGGCAACGAGACUACAAUGGCCACUUAUGAUGCCAAGGAGCAGACUUUCACCGAACUCGAGGGAGCAUCCAGCUUGCCAGGACCUGUCACUGCCAUCUCUGCCGUCAAUGGGGACUACAGCCAGUUCUGGGUCAGUGGCAUGUCUACCAACAACCAAUCUGUGUUCUUGACCAAGUACAAGGAUGGCACGUGGACUGCCGCUUCCGGUCUUGGUGAAUCUACCUCUAUCCGAAAGCUGCAAAUCAUGCCACUCACUUCAGACCACGACUUGAGCGAUAUGGUGGCCACUGACCAAGUGCUCAUGAUUCUCGGCAACAUCAACAUCCCCGAUCAAGGCAACGCCAGUGCUGUGCUGUUCAACGGCACCGUGUAUGAACCAUACAUCCUGACCAACAUGGAAGAUGGUAGCCAAGGCAGCUUGUCAGCCAUCUUCGUCCAGAACCCCAACAACUUUGUCAACAACAAGAGCUCUGGCCUUGAUGUUGGCAUCAUUGUUGCCAUUGGUCUCGCCAUCGCCCUGGCAAUCACUGGUCUGAUCAUCCUUCUUGGCCUCCUACUCGAACGACGAAGACGACGUAUUGAAGGUUACGUUCCCAUUACGGCCGACAAAAGCGCGAAUGUGAAUCGGCUUCCUCCCGAACAGCUCUUCUCGAAGCUUGAAGGAGGAGGGCAUUCUCCGCCGAAGAUUUAGAAGUUCUUUUGUUGCUUGACGCGUUGUUGCACUGCUGCAGAACAACGACAGCUUUCCGCCGCUGCUGAUGCGCCUCGUCCUGUACAGACACGAAGGAGACCGCGCAAGAUGCCGCCUCCGCGCCCGCCGCCGCGACCGACAUGUGGUCAGCAGCAGCAGCAGCAGCGGAAAUGAGAUGGAACAUACAACCUUUAUUACGCCCGUUACGAAACCACACACAUCGUUUCUUGUUGUUGAUAAUGACCACAAUAUCUUUUGCUCUUUCUGCAAAACAAGGACAGGUGCCCAGUCGCCCUCGAGUAUAGUCGGGAAAAAGAAGAUACCGAAUCUGAGUCAUUUUUUCUGGAGCCUGGCACAUCGCCGGCCUACCUUCAUCGUCACCCCGGUCGCUGGAUCUCCUUCGCCUCGCUCCGAGGAAGAGUUGGGGGAGGAAUAGCAGCGCAGGAGGUGAACAGGAUAGUACAGUUCGCUUUUGGUGGAGAGAGGGUCUCGUUGGAUUGGAUUUGAGUUUUUGUUUUUGCGGGUUUGCACACAUUUUCCAGAUGAUGGAGCAAGCAAGAUACCACCCCUCGCAUUGGGAAAAGAACUCUUUUUUUGUUUAGUGUGUUUUACUGUUGUUGACUGGAGUAGUUUGUUGAGAUGGGAGAUCUUGGAGAUCUGAUUUUUUCUACACUACUCUUGCUUUUCUUCGUCUCAUUUUCUGUUUUCGAGCUGUCGAUGCUUGUUGUGCGUAGGGUGUGAUGCAAGGGAGGGAGGAGAAGUGGGGAGGCAAGGAUGGAGUGGUGGAGAGGAUGAAGAUUGCUUACACGGGCGACUUACACUAUAAUAUGAUCGUGUGAAUCUGAUCCUUGGGGAGCAGGGCGAGGGAAGGAGAGGAGGGAAGAUGUAAUGUCUUUAUUGAGGGUUGGGAUGUGGGAUGGUGUAGGACAUAUGACUCGGGGACGGAAUCGAUGUUGAGGAUGGAUUGGAUGUAUGGAGCAGAUAGGAAGGCAGAUAUGCGUGGCAAUUGAGAGAUGUUGAG